GGUAUACACUCAAAUUGCGAAUGGAUUCUGUGUUUCAAAUUACGAAUAUAAGUAAUUUCAGCAAGGCCAAGAUUUGGCUCAUGCGUAAAUUUUACGAGAAUUAUAAUAUUUAGGAAACAUGGUAAUCCAGCUGAGACUUGAGAGAAUUUUAGUUAGGAUUCAAGAGCAUUUCAGUAAAGAUAGGAUACGACUUAAUUCCGAGAGAGGAGUGGACUUAAAUUUGGAUAAGUAAAAUUCAUUUAGGAUACGAGUUAAUUACAACUGAACCACGAGUAAAUUCGAACUUAGAAACGAUCGAGUGAAUUUUAUGUAGGAUACAUAUGCAAAUUAUAUAUUGCUGUCCAUUUACGAGUAUAGUGUAUUCAAGCUCUCAAAAAUGGCCCAAAAUGAUCGGUCCUUCACGAGACGCCUAAUGAGGAAUCCGAAAUUGACCAAGAUGGCAAAGAAGCUUCGAGACACAUUUGGCUAUGAUUUACAAGAAGAGUUUGGUUGGAAUUUAACAGAAAUGGCUACACAGAAAGAAAUAGCAAUGCAAGGCAGGACUAUAUGCAAAGACUACAUUUAUCAUAAACUCCGAAAGAUGGGGUUGUUAAACAAAAAAGUGACGCUACAAGCAACCGCCAAAUCUAGUGACAUUUCAUUCCAAAUACAAUACCUUGGGUCAGAAAUGGAGAAAAAUCACCCGGAUGUUUACAAAAAUAUUAGUCGACAACUUGCAGUAACAAUGAACUCAGAGAAAAUAGUGCGUGAAACUUUUAUGCAAGUUGUCGAGAACAUAUUCGAGGACGGACGGAUAACAUGGGGGAGGAUUGUAUCGCUGUUUCCCCUCGCUGGUUCGUUCAGUGUAGAUUGUGUACAGCAGAGCCACGGGGAAUUUGUGAACACAGUUGUGGAUGCAGUGGCAACCGUCGUGGAGAAUAAACUAGUGGGAUGGAUACAACAACAGGGUGGUUGGAUCGAGCUAAUGCUAAGUCAUCGUGCCAGAGACAAGAAACAUUUAUAUAUCUUGAGUGCAUUUGGAGCAACCAUCGGAUUUGCCACUACACUUGUUGUAAUAGCCACUUGGGUGUGAGAAAACACUACUUGGCAGAAAUUGUUGGUCUUGAAAUUAUUGGCAAAAUGGCAUUUGUAACGAUGCUCUGAUUGACUAUAGAUUAUGCAAAAAGUCGCUGCUAAUAAGAUCACUGCACAAACCAAUUGGACUUUUCUUACAAGAGACAUUCUCUCUGGCAAUGCGUAUAACCAGGGAUGUGUGUAUGAUCUCUAUAUCCCGAAAUAACAAGCGGCGGUGUGAUUACAUCGUGGGCGAACGUGGUGCAUCGUCAGUGGUGACUAUUGCGUUUAAAUGACACGGUGUUGAUUUGAACAUAUUAGGAGUUAAAACAUUACUGGCAUCCUCAACAUUAUC